AUGGCUCUCAACUGUUUGAAAGCCUUCGACACCGAAAUAAACUACGCUCUUCAGAAAGACAGAAACGAUGCCUGCGCAGAAGGCACUGGCCAGUGGUUCUUCCACCACCCGGUGUAUGAAGCCUUCCAACGUUCCAAAGAACCGCACCUGCUGCUCGUCACCGCAGAGGCAGGAGGUGGAAAGUCGACUAUCAUGAGAACGCUCAUUGAUACCAUUCAAGCGACCGACGAGCCUCCACUAGUGUCUUACUUCUUUUUCAAGGAUGACGACGACAGCCUACGCGGCUACGAUGAUGCCCUCAGGACGGUGGUUUAUCAAUUGCUAUCGCAGGAUAACACACUUGCUCAGCAUGCUCGGGAGCCGCAUAAAGAGCACGGAGACGCAAUCGAGCACAAAACCGAGACCAUGUGGCAGAUCAUCACAAGAAUAGCCGCCGAAGUGAAACGCGAUGUCUAUUGCAUUUUUGAUGCAGUCGAUGAUGUCAUUCGACUGAAAGUCAAGGAAAUAGCCAAGGAGAAGGAUUUCGACGGAAAAACUGAAGCUUUGCUUUUGGAAAAGCUUAGCAGGAAGAACGUGCGGACAAGGUCCUUCUUGGCCAUUCGAAUGGCGUUUGAGAUGCUGCGAUCAGAUGCGAGAAUGAACCGAGAGGCGGCAGAAGAGGUCAUUGACGAAAUUCUUGCCGGUGUCCCCCAACAACUUGGGGACCAUUUCAACAACAUGUUGAACCACAGCCCAGACAAGGAACACGCUUGGAGGCUUCUCUGCGUUAUCCUCGUAGCGCGAAGAACAAUCAAGAUACCAGAGUUCAAAGUCAUUUAUGCUCUCACACAGAGGUCAUGCAGCAACCUUGGUGUGGCGAAGUCGUAUGACGAGCUCGAUCUAACAGCCGACGACGAAGAAUUCAAGAGCAUGGUACGGGCUCGAUGUGGCCUGUUUAUUACUUUUGGCAAGAACUCGGUCUACUUGUUUCAUCAGACAGCGAGGGAGUUCUUGAUAACCAAAGAAAACAUGUCUGUGGCUCCGCCCUUCGCUCGAUUGGCACAGAAUUCAGGCAGCCUUGACGCGAACGACGUAGCUUCGUGGAAAGGCUGUAUUUCGAAGGAAGAUGCCAACCUGGUCUGCGCCACUGUCUGUCUAGACAUUCUGAACAUGGACAUAUCCCGACAGCGGAUACUGGAAAUAUUCGACACUCUUAACGCCGGAAACGGUAUGUUUUACGACAUAAAAGACUUUGUGUCACCACGCCCAUUCUUUAUGUACGCAGCUUUUAACUGGCAUGAACAUAUCAUUCUUGGCGGUGAUGGCGCUUCAAAGACUCUUCUUGAAGAUAAGUAUUGUGCAAUUCUAGACAUUGGCAAGCCCGAAUUCUGGGCUUGGUUGCUUCCCCUCAAUGAGUACAUCACCACCAGCACUGUUCAUCCAAAGGCAGUGAUCUCCAGUGUCUGGGCACUAGACGAGAAGGAGCGUCGGCACAGAAACCAAUAUGGACCCUUUCUGAGAGAAAGCUGUCUGCAGAAGCUCUUUCCAAUGGGUGGCAAGGCCCAUGCUCUAUUCAAAGACGUAUCGCUAGUGUCAACAUCGCAGGCUGACGGUCCUCGUUGGGAAGCCGAGGGUGGCUUUGAACUUGUUGAUGCGUUCCACAUGGCUUUCGGAGACUAUGAAAUGAUCAGUGCCAAUCAAGCAGUCCAGGCACUGGAGCAAGGCGAUACGAAGCGAGGCUCAAUGCUCUCAGCACAUGCUCCGAUUCCGACAAUGAUCUGGACAUGUAUCACAGAUAUUUCGCCGAAUGCUUUUCGCACGACUUUGGCUUCCAUGAAGGAUCUGAAUUGGCUGCGCGACGUACCAGAACACAUCUUAUUCCGCCGAUAUAGAUGGAGCGGAUGGUGCUCCCGGACUGGGAAGGAAUUGAGAGAGGACCGUCAAAAAGGUUGGUCAAAGCCCUGGCCCCCUUCUACCCCGACGAUAUAUGUGGCGGGUCAGAACACAUCACCGGAAAGCACCGACCUGUUUGGUGCGCUGGCGGACUGGAUAGAGUUUUCAGAAAAGGCCGCAGGCUUUGCGCAGGAGCUGUGGGAAGCAGGGGGGUUCUUGGUCCCCUGUCUGUGCAGCAGGCUCAUCCAGGCCGGAGCAGAUGUUGACUGUAAAUUGUGGAAUGACGGCAAGACCGCCCUGCAGAUUGCAGCCGCCCUUUGGGAGCACGACUUGAUACGAAUCCUUUUAGAUUUGGGAGCAGACCCUGCCGUAUGCUCUUCCAAUGGCUACACUGCGUUGCAUUGGCUGCUUCAUCCCGACAAAGCCUUCAAGCAGCUCAACGAGGCACUGAGAGAGAACCCAAAGCGUCAACCGCGCCAUCGAAAAUCUCGGAUUUCAACAUCAGUAAAAUCCCUAGCACGAUCAGCUUCAACCGACACAUCAGCAAUCGACGUACUAUGCGGAAACGGGAAGACGCCCCUGAUGCUUGCUGUAAGAGAAUCCCCAACAGCGACUAGGACCCUCUUGGACGAAGGUGCAGAGCCUGACAAGCGAGAUGGUAACGGCCGAACUGCGCUCAUGCACUAUUUCCUGUCUGGUUUUAAUGGCCGUGCAACAUCCACCUUGAAUUGCCUUCUGCAAGCGGGAUCGGACAGUCUUGCGGCCGACUCAUCCGGAAGAACGGUACUCGAUUACUGGGCACGACGCGUUACCAACAAACAACUUUCUUACCUUUACCCCGGUACCAACUCUUACAACAAAGCUUUCCAUGCAUUAGCCACCUUCGGCUCACUCUCUGAGCGAGACGUCAUCGUCCGGGAGCUAGCCAAGGAAGUUAUACCACUCGUGGUAGCGGCAAGACUUGGGAACGCUCAGUUAUGCUGGGCACUUUUGGAAGGAGGAGCAAAUCCCGACAAGCACGGAGUCCCUAUGAAAAGCCAAUUGAGUGAAAACAGCGGGAGCGUGUCUUCGGACUUGGAGGACCUGGUCUGGAAUCCUGUUUUGGUCGCAUUGUGGACCAAAGCGUACGUGACCACCGCAAUCCUGCUGGCAUACGGAGCGAAUGUCAAGUUCCAAGUUCCCACGCGUAAGCGGACCAAAUGGAACCGAUGGAGAGUUAAAAAAUCAGGUAUCACGCCGCUCCAUUUGGUCGUUGGCGGCAAUGACCGCUACACUUGGGGUGGUGACAGUAAGCUGGCGCUCUCCAGUGGCGGACAGGAUGAAGGGUGUGCGUUUGGUGCAGCAACAAACCCAGAUUACCCAGUCACGCACCGAUCAGCCAUGGAGUUCUUGGCGAAGCACCAAAUGGAUCACUGGGCGAGACAUCGCGCGAGAGAGAAUGCCGAAGCGAGUUCAGAUUCUGAAUAUGAAAUCAAACGAGCUCCGCCAUCAAACGAUAGUAAAAAAGCAGAGAUGGUCCCAUUUGACACUCUCUUUGGCGCAGAAUUCCUGCCGAAACCUCAUAAUGCAAUCAAUUCACUUCUUGAGGUCAUCAUCAACAAGAAUCAGACAGCCGAGGAGCGUCGUGCGGCAUUGGCAGAGUAA